CGGCGGUUGCUGAGAGGAGCGGACGCGGCUGGACCCCAGCUCCCGGCCGCUGGCCGCCGCCAUGUCGCUGCUGCAGUCUGCGCUCGACUUCCUGGCAGGCCCGGGCUCCCUAGGUGGGGCUGCCGGCCGUGACCAGACUGAUUUCGUGGGGCAGACAGUGGAGCUGGGCGAGCUGCGGCUGCGGGUGCGGCGGGUCCUGGCUGAGGGAGGGUUCGCAUUUGUAUAUGAAGCUCAAGAUCUUGAAAGUGGCAGAGAGUAUGCGUUAAAGAGAUUAUUGUCCAAUGAAGAGGAAAAGAACAGAGCCAUCAUUCAGGAAGUUUGUUUUAUGAAAAAGCUUUCUGGCCACCCCAAUAUUGUCCAGUUUUGUUCCGCAGCGUCAAUAGGAAAAGAGGAGUCGGACACUGGGCAGGCCGAGUUCCUUCUGCUCACUGAGCUCUGCAGAGGGCAGCUGGUGGAAUUUUUGAGGAAAGGUGAAUCUAAAGGUCCACUCUCGUGUGACACCGUCCUGAAGAUCUUCUAUCAGACGUGCAGGGCGGUGCAGCACAUGCACAGGCAGAAGCCGCCCAUCGUCCACAGAGACCUCAAGGUUGAAAACUUGUUGCUUAGUAACCAGGGGACCAUUAAGCUGUGUGACUUUGGCAGCGCCACAACCAUACUGCACUACCCUGACUACAGCUGGAGCGCCCAGAAGCGGGCCCUGGUGGAGGAGGAGAUCACCAGGAACACAACACCCAUGUAUAGGACGCCAGAAAUCGUGGACUUGUACUCGAACUUCCCGAUCGGCGAGAAACAGGACAUCUGGGCCCUGGGCUGCAUCUUGUACCUGCUGUGCUUCGGGCAGCACCCUUUUGAAGAUGGGGCAAAACUUCGAAUAGUCAACGGAAAGUACUCGAUCCCUCCUAACGACAGCCGGUACUCCGUGUUUCAUGGCCUUAUCCGUGCCACGCUGAAGGUCAACCCAGAGGAGCGGCUGUCCAUCACGGAGCUGGUGAACCAGCUCCAGGAGAUCGCAGCGGCCAGGAACGUGAACCCUAAGUUGCCCAUCACCGAGCUCCUGGAGCAGAAUGGAGGCUGUGGGAGUGCUGCCCUGUCCCGAGGGCCAUCCCCUCCCGGGGGCCCCACGAGCAGCGGCUACAGUGGAGGCCUCGUGGUUGCCGAGUAUGACCAGCCCUAUGGCGGGUUCCUGGACAUCCUGCGUGGGAGCACCGAGCGCCUCUUCACAAACAUCAAGGACACGUCCUCCAAGGUGAUCCAGUCCGUCGCCAGUUACGCAAAGGGGGAUUUGGACAUAUCUUACAUCACAUCCAGAAUUGCAGUGAUGUCCUUCCCAGCGGAGGGUGUGGAGUCGGCCAUCAAAAACAACAUAGAGGACGUGCGGCUGUUUCUGGACUCCAAGCACCCGGGACAUUACACGGUCUACAACUUGUCCCCGAGGACAUACCGGCCCUCCAAGUUUCAUAGCCGGGUCUCCGAGUGCGGCUGGGCAGCCAGGCGGGCCCCAAGCCUUCACAGCCUGUACAGCAUUUGUAGGAACAUGCACUCCUGGCUCCGGCAAGAUCACAAGAACGUCUGCGUUGUGCACUGCAUGGACGGGAGAGCCGCGUCUGCUGUGGCCGUCUGCUCCUUCCUGUGCUUCUGCCGGCUCUUCAGCACUGCUGAGGCCGCCGUGUACAUGUUCAGUAUGAAGCGCUGCCCACCGGGCAUCUGGCCGUCCCAUAAAAGGUACAUCGAGUACAUGUGCGACAUGGUGGCGGAGGAGCCCAUCACUCCCCACAGCAAGCCCAUCCUGGUGAAGGCUGUCGUCAUGACGCCAGUGCCGCUGUUCAGCAAGCAGAGGAACGGCUGCAGGCCCUUCUGCGAGGUGUAUGUGGGGGACGAGCGUGUGACCACCACGUCCCAGGAGUACGACAAGAUGAGGGAUUUUAAAAUCGAGGAUGGCAGAGCAGUCAUUCCCCUGGGCAUAACAGUCCAAGGAGACGUGCUCAUUAUAAUCUAUCACGCAAGGUCCACCCUGGGAGGAAGGCUGCAGGCCAAGAUGGCAUCCAUGAAGAUGUUCCAGAUCCAGUUCCACACUGGAUUUGUGCCUCGGAACGCAACUAGUGUGAAAUUUGCAAAGUAUGACCUGGAUGCGUGUGACAUUCAGGAGAAGUACCCAGAUUUAUUCCAAGUGAACCUGGAAGUGGAGGUGGAGCCCAGAGACAGGCCCAGCCGGGAGGCCCCGCCCUGGGAGAGUGCAAGCCUGAGGGGGCUGAACCCCAAAAUCCUGUUUUCCAGCCGGGAAGAGCAGCAAGACAUUCUGUCUAAAUUUGGGAAACCGGAGCUGCCCAGGCAGCCUGGCUCCACUGCUCAGUACGACGCCGAGGCGGGGUCUCCAGACACUGAGCCCACGGAGUCUGACUCGCCGCAGAGCAACAGUGCCGACACCGCCCACUUCCUCCACACACUGGACUGGCACGAAGAAGAAGACUCAGAGACAGGCACAGACAAUAACUUUAUCAAGGAGAGUCCGUCUACCCUGGCCGAGGACGGAGGUGAGAGCGAGCCGUCUGAUGAGGAGGCAGCAACCUUCUCAGCCGAGAGCAGGGACACGGCCGAGGAGGGCACACCAGGCCCGCCAGUGAGGGCACAAGAGCCAGAGUUGAUUUUUGAUUCGGAUACACCCCAGGAGCCCGCGCUGCAGGAGGAUGGCGUCGACCUCCUGGGGCUGCACUCUGAGGUGGGGCUGGCGCUCCCCGCACAGGCCUGCAGGGCCCCACCCAGCAACGCCGACCUGCUCGGCUGUCUCCUGGGGGCCCCCGCGGCUGCUCCAGGGGGCUCCCCAGGCGACCUGCUCGGCGGCGAAGCCCCCCCGCUCUUUGCAAGCCCUGCGCCUCCCCUCAGUGCACGGAGCACACCUCGCGAGGGGCCCGCCGUGGCCGCUGACCCCUUUGACCCUCUCCUGCCAACUGAUCCAGACGCCCUGCCCAGCUCCAAGCCCGACCUCUUCGGCGAAUUUCUUAAUUCGGACUCUCUGGCUGCCCCGCCCGUGUCUUUCCCCUCCACCCACAGCGCCCCGCCCCCAGCCUGCAGCGCCGACUUCCUGCACCUGGGGGAUCUCCCAGCAGAGCCCAGCAAGAUGGCAGCCUCGACCAGCCACCCGGAUCUACUGGGAGGAUGGGAUGCUUGGGCCGAGGCUCCGGCCCCUGCGCCAGCUACAGAAGGCCCCUUCCCUCCUGGAGGCCAGCCAGCCCCUUCUGGCCCCCCAGCCAGCCGGACCAAGUCUCAGAGCCUGGACCCAUUUGCAGACCUCGGCGACCUCAGUUCUGGCCUCCAAGGCUCACCCGCUGGCUUUGCUCCUGGAGGCUUCGGUCCCAAAGCAGCACCCCCUCCCAAGGGUGGCGCUGCUUGGCAGACAAGUCGGCCCCCAGCCCAGGGUGCCCCGUGGCCCCCGCAGGCCAAGCCACCCCCCAAAGCCUGUGCGCAGCCAAGGCCUAACUACACCGCGAACUUCAGCGUGAUUGGUGGCCGAGAGGAGAGGGGGGUCCGUGCCCCCAGCUUUGCCCAGAAGCCCCGAGUGUCAGAGAGCGACUUUGAAGACCUGCUGUCCAGUCAGGGCUUCUCCUCCAAGUCUGACAAGAAGGGGCCGAGGACCAUCGCCGAGAUGAGGCGACAGGACCAGGCGAGGGACACGGACCCGCUCAAGCUGAAGCUCCUGGACUGGACCGAGGGCAAGGAGAAGAACAUCCGAGCCCUGCUGUCCACGCUGCACACCGCUCUGUGGGAUGGCGAGAGCCGCUGGACGCCCGUGGGCAUGGCCGACCUGGUGACUCCCGGGCAGGUGAAGAAGCAGUACCGCCGUGCUGUGCUGGUGGUCCACCCGGACAAGGCUGCAGGGCAGCCCUACGAGCAGUACGCCAGGAUGAUCUUCAUGGAGCUGAACGACGCCUGGGCCGAGUUUGAGAGCCAGGGCUCCCGGCCCCUCUUCUAAGCCUGCAGUGGGCGUGGCUGCACGUGCGGCUUGUGAGCCGGAAGCUGCUGGGCUCCACCGAGAGGGUCACCGUCGUGGCC